AUGGCUAACACUUUUGUGAAAUCUGCCAACACAAAAGUUUUAAAAGAAUUGGACUUUUCUGAUCGUCGAGAUUAUGAAGACUCAAUGAGGGGCUUUAUUUGCAGUGUUGAUGGAGGAGUUAUUCCAAGUAACAAAGGUGGUAAGUCUUUUGAUGUUCAUCACAGUGACUUUCUGUUAAGUACUUGUCCUGAAACAGUUAAUCCUUCCUUAUGGCGCCAAAGUCAGUUAAUCAGAAUAGACGGUCUCUUUGAAUUGAUUCCAAACAAAGUGUAUCAAUUUAGAGGAUACGAUGUUGCCAACAUGUCAUUUAUAAGAGGUGAAAAGGGGUGGCUUAUAAUAGACACUUUAUGUUGCAUGGAGUCGGCUGCUGCUGGUCUCAAAUUGUUACGAGAAAAGGUCGCCAAUCUUCCAGUGACCUGUGUGAUGUUGACUCAUUCUCAUGGAGAUCAUAUCAAAGGACUUGAUGGGGUACUUGAGAAAGACACUAAAAUAGUAAUACCCAAAGAUAUGUUUAAAAUGCAUUUUGCAGAGGAACUGCUUGCUGGAAUAGCAAUGGGAAGACGAAGCUUUUUCCAAUUUGGAGUGACCCUUGAACACAAUGAAAAGGGGUGUUUAGGUGGUGGAGUUGGGACGUAUUACUCUCUUGGUCAAAUCACUGAAUCCUACAACUUUGAUCCAAACAAUUUGUAUGAAAUUGGAGAGGAUCAAACACUGACUAUUGAUGGUGUAGAAAUUGAUUUCAUGUAUACUCCCAACGCAGAAGCACCAACAGAGAUGAUGAUGUACUUCCCACAAUUAAAAGCAGUUUGUACUGCCGAGGAAAUUAACAGGACUUUACACAACUUAUACACCCUUCGAGGUGCUGUUGUUCGUAAUGGUAAAGAUUGGUCGAAAUACAUCGACAAUUUGUUGGACAGAUACUCUGAAAAUGUUGAGUGUUCAUUUGGUUCACACACGUGGCCGACUUGGGGAAAUAAAAACAUAGUAGAGUAUUACGAGAAGCAGAGAGACAUGUACAAGUUUAUACACGACCAGACUUUGAGACAAGCAAAUUUGGGAACAACAAUCAAUGAGUUGCCAGAAAAGGUAAAGUUACCAAAGACUUUAACUUCAGAGUUUUAUAAUAGAGAAUACUACGGCACUGUCUCUCAUAACACAAGAGCACAAUAUCAACUUUAUUUGGGUUUUUAUGAUGGAAAUCCAGCGAAUUUGAAUCCGCUCACACCUGUAAAAUUAGGAGAGAAAUAUGUCGAAGCUAUUGGUGGAGAAGACAAAUGCAUUUCAAUGGCAAAAGAGUCAUAUGAGAGUGGGGAGUACCAAUGGGCUAUUACACUACUUAAUAAUGUCGUUUUUAAAAAUCCACAGAAUUAUGAAGCCCGAAAACUGUUGGCUGAAAUAUACAGACAAAACGGUUAUAUGCAAGAAAGCUCAAUUUGGAGAAACUGUUACUUGACAGCAGCAUAUGAACUGGAACACCCAAUGCAAAAACAGGAAAAACUUCAAAGUGCCCUUGCAAGUACUUAUUUGCUCAUGAAGUUGCCAUUUAAUUACUUCUUUGACUUAAUGGCAGUUUCAAUGGAACCAAUUGCUGUUGAAAAUGUUGAUGCUAUAUUUAAUAUUGAGUUUGAAGGAAUAAAAGAGUUUGGAAGUGUUAUAUUGAAAAACUCUGUUUUGAACAACAGAGACCAAAGAGACAAACACCCAACAUUGUCACUGAAGUGCAAGAAAGCAGAUUUAGUUGAUUUAAUUGUGAAGAAAAUUAACAGGGAAGAAUUCUUGAAAAAAGAAGGCGUCACUUUGGAAGGAAAGAAUGUUGAAGACUUAUUUACUUUCGUGGAUGCUAUCAAAAUUGCCACUCUAGAUUUUAAUAUCAUCGAGCCUUAA